AUGCCCGUCCAGGAGGCCACCCUUUCUGAAUUGCUCGAGAAGCGUAUCGACUGCCUGGCUCAAGCAAAGACUGGAACUGGAAAAACAGUUGCAUUCCUUCUACCUGCCAUCCAAACUCUGAUCAACAAGAACAAGCCGCGCGGAUCAGGAAUCUCUCUGCUGGUUAUCUCACCCACUCGUGAACUGGCCAUGCAGAUCGCACAGGAAGCGUCAAACUUGCUCCAACGCCUUCCUCAAUUCAAGGUCUGCGUUGCAAUUGGUGGUACGAACAAAGACAAGGAGGAGCGCGACAUCCUCAGAGGUAAUGGCUGCGACAUUCUCAUUGCUACCCCUGGCCGUCUCUAUGACCACCUUGGAAACCAGCAGAUCACACAGUCUUUCCGCAACCUCGACACAUUGGUCCUGGACGAGGCUGACAGACUGCUCGACAUGGGUUUCAUGGAGGACCUCAAGAAGAUUAUCAGAUGUCUCCCCGACAAGGAGCAAUCAAAACGCCAGGGAAUGCUCUUCUCAGCCACUAUUGCGCCUCAUGUUCAACAGUUCGCUCAUCUCGUCCUGGCAUCUGGCUACAAGUUCAUUUCUACCAUUCCUGCAGGCGAGGCUCAGAUUCAUCAGCGCGUGCCGCAACUGCUUGUGACGGUCGAAUCGUGGGCUCAAGUUGUUCCAGCUAUGGUGGCCUCUAUCCAGUCCGAGUGCAAGCUUAUUGGCCCCGCUGAGUUCAAGGCCAUCGUCUUCGCACCCACAGCAGCUCUCGCCGACUUCUACCACGACGUCCUUUCGAACAUUCCCAACCUCCCUCGUGCAAACGUCCUUCACGCCAGAGUCAGCCAGUCGCGUCGCACCAAGGUGACAAACGACUUCCGUGAAGCCAGCAGUGCCAUCCUUGUCGCCACUGACGUUGUUGCCCGCGGCCUCGACUUUCCCGGCGUCUCAAACGUCUUCCAGGUCGGUCUUCCCGCAGACAAAGAGUCUUACAUACAUCGUCUCGGCCGUACAGCUCGUGCAGGCAAAGAAGGCAGAUCCGUCUUCAUCGUCACUGAGCCCGAAUCCUUCUUCCCUCGCCACAUUCUCAAGGCCAUCACCUUCGAGAACGCCAAUCCUGACUUCACAUCCGUGGCACCCCAGGUUGAGGCUAUCGUCAACAAGUAUGAAGCCAAGGGAAAGACUUACCAGGCAUGGUUGGGCUUCUACAAGGCUCAUGCUAGAGCCAUGAGAUGGAGUGACGACCAGCUCGUUGCCGAAGCCAACAGAUUCGCUACCGAGGCUCUGGGCUGUGGCGAGAUCCCCGGUCUGGAGAGAAAGACUGUGGGCAAGAUGGGCUUGAAGGGCGCAAGAGGUUUGAACAUUGUUGCUAACCUCCCUCAAAAAUCAAACGGAGGUCGUGGUGGUGGCGGUAGACCUAAGGCUUCGGCUGCUAGAUAA